AUGUACAAAAGAUGAUAGGAAUUGGAAAUUUGAAGUUAACUUACACUAUGGCUUGCUAUUGUAUUAUUUAUUGAUAAAGCAAAAGCUAAAAGGAAAACCAAUAUGAAAAAUCUAAGAAAUAGCGGUGAUAAAAUUUUGACAAAUAUGCCUGCUGUCAGUAUGAUAACUAACUGGCAAUAAACUGUUAGCUGCUUCAAUUGUCAUUUCUCGUACCAAAAACUUGAAAGUGCAAAAACAAUUAUUAUGAAAAUUUAAAUAUAAGACAAAUAUUUUUACUUUGAUGUACAACUUCUUAUAAAUUACUAGUAAAAAUGGAUAAACCUAAUUUAAGUCAGUAUUUUGGAAGUUCAGAAAUACCACCUGCAUCUCAGUUCUUUGAUGAAAUUGGUACUUCACCAUCAGAAAUGGUACAAAGCGUAUAUUUGGGUGAUUCGGAAGGCGCACAAACCGCAACUACACCACAAGUUAGAGCAUCUUUCGUCCAGUCUCAAGAAGGCCCUACAGAUAUAUUACCAACUGUUAGUGGAUCUACAUCGAUUCCUGUGACUAGUUUACCGGAUCCUUCAACAUUUUUUGAUACUAUUGGCCCAGACCCUCCAAUUGGGGUUCUGAAAACCAAUACUGGUUCUGCUGCUAUGAUAACUGAUGCAAUGGAUGGAUUAAGCAUAAAGAAUCAACCAGUAGACAAGGAAGCUGAUAGAAGAAGAGAUGCAUGGAUACCAGAUGAGGAAGCCAAAAAGACUUUAAUAAAGGCACAAUCGUCACCAAAAGGAUCUUUCUUUCCUGAAAGAGAAGUUCUGACAAUGCCUGGAAUUGUUUUAGAAGAAGAAUUGGCAGAUGCCCUUCAGGAAGUAGCGGUGAAAUACCUUGGUGUCAGUUCAGCGGGUAGCCGUGGUGUUGUUAGAGCUGAACAUGUGAGUCGAGAUGAAGCUGGAUUAAGAGAACUACUUAGGACUGGAUAUUUGAGGGCAGCUGUUAAUUUGACUGCUACUUUAAUAACUGCUGCGGGACAAGGACCUGGUAGAAUGCACAGACCGACAAAACACACACCGCGUACAUUACAACUGUGGCUGACAAGGUUCGCAGUGAUGUUGAGGAUUAAGCUUAACGACUCGUUGAUGAAGGAAGCGGAACCGUUCGGUGAUUUUAUGAAACCGGACAUGUUUUAUCAGUUUUACCCGGACAUACACGAAAAUCGCACUGGUUCACUAGUACCGUUUUCGUUGCGCCUUCUAAUUGCAGAGCUGCCAAGUCAUUUUGGCAAACCCGAAGAGGCAAUGGACAGAUUAUAUAUCAUACUGGAUGUUAUAGAUAUGAUGUUAUCAAAUCUAAACAAGAAUAAAACGGAAGAUGGCUGUGGCAUUAUAACGGAAGAGGAUAAAAAUGAAUCAACUCGUCUAUGGUCGGGUCGUCGCGUCAGAGUGCUCCAUUCGAUUGUCAAUUGUGCCAUUGCUUUAAAGGACUUCAGAUUAGCAACGAACAUACUAACAAAGCUCCAACAACAAUCGACAACAGCGCAGCAGCAACGCUCUCUUUCGAGUGCGCUGUGCCGUUUGCAACUUUUGGCGGGAAAUGUCGAAGCGGCUUAUCUACAUUUACAGCACGCCAGGCUGACAAGACAUCAUUUAUGCCCGACCCCUGACGUGCGGGAGUAUGUGGAUUUGGGCCUUAUAGACAUCGCGCAUGGCAAGUAUCAAGAUGCAUACAAUAACUUUGCCAAAGCUGGCGAUCAGGAACCCACUAACAUAAUGGUGGCAAACAAUAUAGCAGUAUGCCUUCUCUAUAUGGGUCGGCUUAAAGAGGCAAUAUCUGUUUUGCAAAAGGCCAUACAAUCAGACCCAGAACGUGGUUUAAACGAAAGCCUCUUAGUCAAUUUGUGUACGUUAUAUGAAUUGGAAUCGGCCAAUACGGGCGAUAAGAAAUUACAUUUAUUACGAAUGCUAUGUAAACAUAAAAGUGAUACUGUACCAAAUGUUGUUGAAGCGUUGAAAUUGUCGUAAAUGACAUCUGGCAGCUGACAGCUGUCACAUUCCCGAGUUCACGGUGACCAGUGCUAAUGUUAUUGGUGUCUCUUUCAUUUAGCACAUUUAAAUAGAGAUAGCGUGAUAUAAUUUGACGUUUUGAAAAGAGGCUGCCGUCACGUUGGUCCAACACGUAAUAUUAUUAAUCAAUAUAAAUGUUAUAUAGUAAUGAAUUGUAUUUUUAAGAAUAAAUUUAAAGAAAAUAUGUCUAUAAUGAGACUUAUAUUUGUGUAAGGACUUAUAUUGAAUAAAUGCAUGAUUAAAUAAUGUCCCAUUGUCCCGUUACGCUCAGUACGCUUGCGCCGCAUCUUUCUCUCUUCCACUCGAAGACUCAAGUAUGCAAUCAUUUCAUCAAUGGUCUUGUUAUGACGUUGUCACGUUAAACCAUCGUCGGUAAACCGACUUUACAGAAUAUUUUUUUAUAAUAAUAAUUGAGGUUUUGUAUAUAUUAUAUUUGUUCCAUAGCAAUAAAAGUGUUUGAAUUAGGUAUUUGAAGUUAAAUGGUAUCAUUUGUAUAAUCCAACAAAAUCUGUUAUAAUAAAAGAUUAA